AGCUCGAGUCGAAGUGCCUCGCGGCGCCCGUAACUGCAGCAAUCGAAGGGUUUCGGCAGCCGUAAGCAUCGCUGCGACAGGCGCAAGCACCGCUGCGACCGAACAACUGCAUUGAACAAAGAUGCAUCGCCUAAUGCUAGCACUGCUGCCAUGCGCCAUCGCCGCGGCAGCAAAGAGCGACCUCGCCUGCGCCCUCGACGCGACCAUGGUCAACGCGACGACCUUUCCUUUAAUAAGAGAAGACCUCGCCGCGUCGCUGCUCGCGGGUUUGUGUGGAGCGAACCGCGGUUUAUUUGUCACGAGCCCGGGCGACGGUCAUGUGUAUGGCUGCGCCGCGUUCCCGCUGCAGUGGGCGCCCAAUCAUAAAGUAAAACACUGCGCCUCCACCGGUUUGUGCCAGUGCGACACGUGGGACGCGAACGCUGUCGUGCGGCAAUUUGAUGGUGGUAAUUUGACGGCAGAAGAAGCUGUACAUGUCUACGAUCAGUACGUCGAGGCGGUCUACGCGUCGACGCCCGGUUCGAGCAAGGAUCCUAGGGCGUGUGGCGCCGGCGGCUUCGCUGCAUUAACGGGUUCCGAGUGUAUCUCUACUACCGAUUCAUACAAGGCGGUAACAUUACAUGGUAUCGCCGGCUUGGAUGGCGCCGGUCAUGCUGUGACAAAAACGCCGCAUUCGUCGGACGACUACGCAGCGAUGAAAGCACUGGGUUUGAAUAGCGUCCGCGUCCCUGUCAAAGCCGAGGACGUUUCUUCGCUCGACAAAAUUGACAUGCGGGUCAUCUUAGCGGUCUACGGCGACGCGGACGUCGAUGUGAGUGAUGCGGCGCUCGUCGAGUGCGACGCGGCCGCGACGAAGGUGCGCGCGGCGGCUAAAGCGGCCGGCGUGCCCGUGCUACUGAGAGUCGAUUCCGAGGAGGCGCUGCGCUCUUAUGAUGAAUCGGACGGCGUCGCCUACGAGAUCUCGCGUUUGUUUUCUGUGUCCUUUUCUGCCUUCGUCGGCGACGGCGUGGGGGUGGCCUAGAGAUCACCCCUGCCGUCCGCUCGAGCUCGCGAGUACGCCGCCGCCGCGCCGUCGCGCCGAGCCGCCCCCCGCCGCAGACGCGGCCACCGUCGUCGACGUCGCGUCGUCGUCGCCCGUCGAGGACCGCACGAAGCUCUUCUUCCACGAGGCCACGGCUUGUAUGAGACCGGCGUCCCGUUUUGCACUUCGAAAAAACGGUCCGAAGACGAUCCGCUGUGGGUUCACCGAUUCGACAGAACGUGCGGCACAGAACACACGAUUCACUUGAUAGUACCUUUCCGAGGACCUCUCGUUUUCUUUUGACGAGUGUUGGGUGCCGGACCGCCCUCACGCAUCAUCACACGCAGGCGGCGACGCGGCGCUCGCCGGCUUCGUGGCCUGUCGCAAGCGCGCGCCCUUCUUCGUGCGGAGCUGGUCGCUCGCCACGGACGACUGCGACGCGACCGACGGCGGCGCCUACGGCGAGUGCGCCCAUUUGGACGACAGGAUGGGGAGCCCCUGGUGGGCGCGCCAUACUCAAUCGUUCGCGGCGCGGCAGCGGGACGCCUACGAGCGAAGCGGGUCGCUGGGGUGGUCCUUUGGGGCGUGGAAAUUCGACGAAGCGACAGAAAGCGCCAUGCACCCGGCCGUCCUCGCGCAGCGGUCGCUGCGGGCGGCGUCGCAGGCGGGCUGGCUGCCCGAUCUUUCUGCGAAGCCGGCGCUGCCCCCUUGCUUGAAAGCGCCGGCCGCGGACUUCGCGCUCGGCGACGCGACGGCGCCGCCGUCGGCCGCGCCGCCGCCGCCGCCGCCUCCCGUUGUUCCUCAGGACUGGCCCGUCGAGGCCGCGGCGCCUUCUGGUAGAGUGGCCGCGGCUUUAGGGGGCUUCGGCUGCGGCGCGUUGCUCGCGACGAUGGUGGUGAUGGCGUCGCGGAAGCGGGGGGCGGUGUCCGGAUACGAGGCCGUCUAGAUUGUCCAUAUUUAAGUUCGUUCGUUUUAU